AUCACCUACUAACUCACACCCUCAAAAUCAGUCUCACUCUAAAAUCAUUUACUCAUAACCUUCAUUUGAACCCUAGCCUCCACCUCAAAUGCCUCCUCUACGUUGGCCCUUCCCCUAGAACCCUACCCUUUGCCACGUGCUCCUUCUUUGGAUUGAAAGAUCAUCAAAUCGAAGGAUUUCUUACUCAAACUCGUGUGGAUACAAUUGGAACGGUAGUGGCUAAAAUGGUGGGGAUGCAAAGGAAGAAGAGGAAUUUGGUGGUUGUGAGGAACAAAUCCUCAAGCAUGCAGAAAGCAUCGUGGAGACAAACAAUGGCGAUGCCAUGCAUGAGAGCAAAGAUGAGGACAAAACAGACAUUGAUGACGAACACAACGAAGACGAUCAGCCUAGAGAAGGCAGUGCGGGGUGUUUGCGGUGGUCAUUCAGCGGUGCAGCGGUGCGGUGGUACGGUAGUGUGUCCGGUGGUUAGUGGUGCUUCGUUUCUACGUCUUGGGUCUACGAGAGGUGCUAACGGUCUUGUCGCGCCAAGAGAUUUCCUUGUUCCUACUGCAUGGUUUGAAGAUAAAUCCUAUCCUGGGUUUUGCUGCAGUUCAAGAUGUUUCUCCCUUCAAUGUGUUUGCUUGGCGUGGUAAUUAUUUUCCAUAUAAGGUCAAUAAUAAAUAUUAAAACUUACGACAUGUAGAAGUGUUACUUGUUUUGGUUCAGUUCCACACUUAGCCAAGAAUUAGAUUCAAGUGAUGAAUCAAUAUUUCCUUCUCGUUAACAACCCGUAUGUGGAUUAGAAAGUGCAUCUUUGCAAAUGGACAAUUUUGACCAUUCAUGUCUAUCUUCUAUUAACGCACCCGAAAACUAAAGAGCGUUUGAUUGAUCCUUUUGCUUUAUUUUUCCAUCAGGGAGACUACCGUGUGUUUAAUGUGUUUAAUCUUGUCAGUGUAAAUAUUUCUCUCAAGAUUUCAUGUUCAUAUCACUGGAAAUCAUGCGUGUAGGACUAUCAAUAUGUAUUAGUUGCAAUCUAUCCAGUUGGGGAACCUAUAACAAAGGUGAAUUUAAAUUUUUAAUCGCUUACUUAAAGUUAUCAACAUGUCAAC